AUGGCUAAAAUCGAGCGGAUAGUCCCAAUCCUCAACCCUGCUUCCAUCGAAGAGCCUCCAACAACUUCUCCAUUCGAGUAUACUCCAAUCAAAACCACAGUCGAUGGCAUUCGACUGCUCAUCCUCGAACCAGCUCAAGAUUCUACCACCUUGAUCAAUUGCAGAUUGAUCCAGGUCACAUUUGCACAGAAACCGAAGUAUGAAGCACUUUCUUACACAUGGGGCGACGAGACCAUCCGUCGAAAAAUUACAAUUGAUGGGUAUGACUUCACAGUUGCUCAGAAUCUCUUUGAUGCCUUGGUACACCUGCAACACCGCUCUGAAGAGAGGGUUCUUUGGAUCGAUGCAAUCUGUAUCAACCAGUCCGACAUUUCCGAGAAGAACUCGCAGAUUAGCUUUAUGCCGUUUAUCUACACGAGGGCGAAGUGUGUCUUAGUCUGGCUAGGUAUUGUCAAUGCACCUUCUGAGCAGGAGAGCGGCGCUAAGGCAAGCCCGGUUGCAUGGAGAUCCAUCGAACCAGACCCGGUCCUGCGAACUUUGGCAGAAAAUCCAUACUGGAGAAGAGUCUGGAUUAUUCAAGAAGUCGGUCUCGCGAGGAAAAUUCUCGUCCACUAUGGUACUGUUCAGAGAGAGUGGUCGGCAUUGAUCAAAAACUUUCGGUCCAAUUCAGAAACUCGGGAUAGUUUGCCGGUCAAGCUGCAGAAACAGAUCGAUGAGAAAUAUGAAGAUGGCCAUAAACUUCAGGCUUUGAUUGAGAAUCAUCGAGAUUCCCUCUGCAAGGAACCAAGGGAUCAUAUUUAUGGCUUCGUCGGAUUGGGGGUGGAUUGUCAGGACGGCUUUCCUAUGGAUUAUGGGAAAAGUCCGUAUGAGGUUUGGAAGGAUGUUAUUCGCUUCAAGAAUGCCAAUCAACCUAAGAAUAACCCACCAUUUUCCGAGCCUGAAAUUGACACACUUUGUUUCGGAAAAGUGGUCCAAGAUUUACUGGGAGGCCAGGGAAUCGCGACUGCAGAAGACCUUGCUCGAGAUAUCUUUCAAUCCACCCUAGUCGACUUGGAGCUCGACGAAGACGAGAAAACUGCCAAAAUUCUGGUUACGGCACGUGUUUCUGCGCGGAUCGUUCACUUGGGUCCUACCUACCAAGAAAUCAUGUCCAAUUUUAAAGCUGUGGCGACUUGGAAAGCCAGCAUGAAUCGCCAUCUUUUCCCCAACGAGCAACCUUCGGCAAGGGAGGAGAGUGAUCAGUUCUUAGAGCUGUUGGAGGACGUUGAGGUCGAGGACUUGAGAAUUGUGGAAUCGUUCGACAGAGACAUUUCGGUCCCUAAGCCUCAGACGCCGGAUUGCUUGCUCUUUGCUGAUCAGAACGUUCGAAAUUUUGACGAGAUGCAGAGCGACAAAUUUGUGGAGCCAGAGCCGACCUCCACAGAUCCAAGAUUGUUUUUGCUUGGUGGAGUUCCAGAUUAUGGCGACGAGUCAUCCGGGAAGGUCGGUCUUGCUCCACACAAAAGCCGGGUUGGAGAUUAUAUCUGCUUGGUUCACGGAACUCAGAAAGCCAUCGUGGUCCGAAAGGAGGAAGGGAAGGUCAGGGUGAUUGGAACUGGUGCAGCGGCAGAGAAUCGAUACAAAGCUGAAGCUUCAAAAGAGGAUAGUAUAAACACAGGGAAGAGGUUUGGAACUACGAAUCUCAAGUUCAUUAACACUGAGAAUCGACUCGAUCUCUAUGUUGAUAUUGCCACGGCGUAUCAGUUGAUGGGAUAA